AUGAACAAAGGAACAAUGAAUAAUGAGCAGAAUGAUAAAAAAAUGCUCGAUAAUAACGAGACUGAAGAUACUCCAUCUGAGACGUCAGACAAAAAUUUAAAAACAGGGCCUGGAGUAUCUGAAAGCCCAACAAUGUCGACAACUACUUCUUCAAUUACUACGCAGUCAACAAUUACUGCAAGUCAGAUGAGUACACCAAUGACUCAGCCAAUUGCUGCUUUUAAGACGAGUACACCAACAACUCUGUCAAGCACCAUUGGAAACCCACCGAUUUCCACAACAACUCAAUCGAGUAGCAGCAGUGGUAGUACCCCUACCACUGAACAGACUGUACAACCAGUUCAACAGGCAGUACUACUACAGUUCCUGUGUAAACAGCGCGAAAACAUCGAGCUUCAAAACAAAGGUUUUGAGGCAAUGAAAACCUUGAUGAGCCUAAUUAAUAAGACAUCUGAAAAUUUAUUGACGGCAGAACGGCUUCGAAUGCAAGGUACUCGAGGUAAUUUACUUAACUCGACCACCUUUCUAGACGAAAGUUCAACUCAUACGGGUGCUGGAAUAGAUGGUCAAUCCAGCCCGCAAGAUAUGAACAUAGAAGUAACUAGGGCUCUUAAUGCUUCGAUUACUGCUUUAAAAAGUACACUAGAAUCAAACAAAAAAUCUCAAAAUUAUCAGGUACCAAGAAAGUAUACUCUUAAUUCAGACAGUGACAUCAACAUUUGGUUGGAUAAACUUAAAUCUGAAUUAUCAUCAAAAGACCUAUUAGAUGUUAUUGACCCAACGGUCAUUGGUCCUGAUAAUUUAGAUGUACAAACAAUUACAAAACGAAAGCAAGCAGUAAGAGAAAUCAUUACUAGCCAUUUAGAUGAUAAAUACUAUAAGAGGGUUCUCACUAUAACAGACCCUAUUAUGGUAAUAACAAGUUUAAAAGAAGCUAAGAGGGUCGAAAAGAAUGUCACUCACACUUCUGUUAGAACGAAGCUAUACGGCAUGAGAUUAAAACCAAAGGAGAGUAUUGAUGAGUUCUGGAAUAAAUUCGACAACACCAUCGUUGAAUAUGAGAGCUGUGAUAACGCAGUACCUCUAACAGAUGAAGAGAAACGGUCAGCUUUUUAUCAAGCUGUCAGUAAGGUGAUUCCAGAAGCUCGAACUGCUGAUUUAUUGCAUCGGCAAUUUAAAGGCAGAUCAAUGACUCUGGUUGAAUUGAGGUCUCAUUUGCUGCAGUUGGAAGCUGAGAAGAAGACAGUCAAAAUUCAGGCAGGUCUGACUACAGACGUGGUCGUGGUCGUGGUAGAGGUAGAGGUAGAGGUGCUUUUAGAAGAGACGGUACCUGUUGAUUUAAAUUUGCAAAAGAUGGAGGGAGAUUUAGAUGUUUUCUCUCAUAAAUCAACAUCAUCUGAGCUUGGGAGGGAGAGUCAGAAGAAAAGUCUUUUGGAGAAAAAUAGUAGUAAUAUAGAAGCAGAAAUCACAGAUUUUUUAUUAGAUGAACAAACCUUAAAUAGAAGAAUUUUAAAUUUUAAUUCAGCUGAUGCUCUAGAAGAAUUUAAUAAUAUUAAAAGUAUGUUAUGGCACAUAAGACUAGGUCAUCCAAGCUUGAAUUAUCUAAAAGAACUUAAAAAAUCUGAGCAGUCGUUGUAUUCUGAAUCUUCUGAUGCAAAUACUCCUGUAACAAAAGACUCUAAAGAUAAACUAGUUAAUUCAGACAAAUCUAAAAAGCGUAAAUUAGAUGAAAAUGUAUCAACUGAUACAAAAUUUAAGAAGUUGAGAGCUUCAAAAAGAAAACCAAAACCCAAGAUAGAUGAUAACUUCGUUUAUGCCAAAACAAUAAAAAGGUUCACGGUUAAUUUAAUAUUCAGUCUUAGCAGAGUGCGCAGCGGAGAAAACCAAAGGAGUUCAAGGACCAUAUGUGUUCAUGAUCGUUAA